GUCCUUCAGGAGUAGUGAUGGCAAAAUACAAGGAUGGCUGGAAGGAGAUGAGGCGAUUCUGUGUCUCCACCCUGAAAAACUUUGGGAUGGGGAAGAAAUCACUUGAGAAGAGAACAUCUGAGGAAGCUGGAUAUUUGUGCUCUGAAUUUAAAUCCACUGAAGGUUCUCCCAUUGACCCACAUGACAUCAUCUUCAGGGCAGUAGGUAAUAUAAUCUGCAGCCUAACAUUUGGUGAUCGUUUUGAAUACACCGAUGAGACCUUCCUGAGGUUAAUGCAUUUGGUUGAGACGAUCAUGACAGGAUUAACCAUAAUCAUGCCCCAGAUUCUGUCCGGAGUAUCCUGGUUGUCCUAUUUGCCUGGACCUCAUCGUAAAGUUCAGAAAGACUUUGAUGAAUUUUCUAUUAUGAUGCAAGAUUUUGUGAAUAAACAUAAGAAAACCAGAGAUCCCACUGAUCCGAGAGAUUUUACAGAUGCGUUCCUGGACAAAAUAGAAAAGGAUCAAGGAAAUCCAGAGAGCUGUUUUCGUGAGCAAAACUUUCGUUGUAUUAUUUUUGACCUGUUUGUAGCUGGCACCGAAACAACUGCUUUCACCAUACUCUGGGGUCUUCUAUAUCUGGUCCUUCAUCCUGAGGUUCAGAAAAGAGUUCAGGAAGAAAUCGAUACAGUGAUUGGCAAGGUAAAGUCACCCACGAUGGAGGACCAGCCAAACAUGUCUUACACUAGUGCUGUGAUCCAUGAAAUUCAACGUUAUGCUGAUAUUGCGCCUGUUGUGUUUCCUUACUACACAACGAAAGAUACUGAGGUUGGCAACUUUGUCAUCCCUAAGGACACGACAGUCUUCAAUCAUUUGUCUGCAGCGUUGAAGGAUGAAACCAUGUGGGAGAAGCCACAUGAAUUUUACCCAGAGCACUUCCUGGAUGCAAAUGGGCAGUUUGUCAAACGAGAGGCCUUCCUGCCUUUCUCUGCAGGUCGCCAUGCCUGCCCUGGAGAACAGUUGGCUAAAAUGGAGCUCUUCAUCUUCAUGACCAGCCUCCUGCAGCAUUUCUCCUUUUGCGUUCCUGAGAAUUGUCCUAAGCCUAAGGAGGAGAGAGUAUAUGCAUUAACAGUCUGUCCAUCUGCUUUCCAGAUCUGCGCCAUUCCUAGAUAAAGGUUCCAGGAUAACUAAUUCCUCAAUGUGGGGUGACCUGAUACAUUUUGUGAAAAAGGUUUGAGUGAGAAAAUGUGUCCCUGCAUUGCCUUAACAUGGAAACAAGGUGCCCUAUGAAUAAAAUGCAGUAAGGAAAACAAA